AUGACGGAGAUGUACUCGGGACUCCAUGCGGGCCAGCGCUUUUCGUCCUUGGAGGAGUUCAAAACGGUGAUUCGAAGCAUAUCCGUCCGACAGCAUUGGGAGCUUCGUGUCAUUCGAAGCAAUAAGAAGAGUGUGGUGAUUGGCUGUCGAUCCUCGGCCAAUUGCUACUUUCGCGUUGUUUGUCGCUCAAACAAGAACGCGACCUAUAUUACCAGCCUUCAAGAUAGCCACAGUUGCCGAAGAAGUGCUGAUUCGCCGGCUGCGACACCCGCACGGUCUGAAGCCUCGCACGUUCGCUUUUUGCUGAGUGAAAUCCCGAAGCUCUUCGACAUGAAGAGCCGAAUCAAAGGCCAGGAUGUGGUGGACGCGGUCAAACGCUACCAUGGUUAUGAUAUCUCCAUGAGACAAGCACAACGCGCAUUGACUAAAUUACAACCGCGCCAGGCCGAUAUGCAAGGCGAAAAUUCUUUGGAUAUGGACAUGAGUACGGGCGACCAGCAGUCGCCUGGGCCGUCCCUGGCUGAGUCGCCAGGCGAAGUGGGACCGUCCUACCGAGAUAUCUCAGAGAGCCGCUGGCUUCCAGAUCAUCUCCCAUCCUCACUUAUGGACGAAGCAUCUGUCAACCCUGCUGGGUCUCCAGACCCUGUAGCUGCACAACCACUACCGCCCCCAAGCGCCCAUUCUGUCCGACCUCCUCAGAUUCCACAACCACCAUCCAUUGGAACACCCAACCAGUCCACACUCAGCAAUGACCCCCGCCCUAUAGUCUCACAGCAAGUGGUCGGAUAUCCAACGGCUACUCCCUUGUCCGUUGCAGCACCUGAACAUCCUAAACCACCGGGGUAUCCUCAGCGCAAUGAUCACCCAGCAGUUCCCCAGAUGAUUCUGACCAACUUCAAGAUUGAGUUCACCUGUACCACCUGCGGCUCUCUUAACCAGAGCUUCUUCCCAAACCAAGGAAAUGUCACUGGACCAGGGUACAUGUCUCAUCAUCCGAUGCCUGAUCAGGCUGCUGUUCCGAGACAUCCAGGCCCUACACCCACGAACGUACCUGACGGUAGUAACAAUGAGGUUUCAGAGGAUGGUGGGUAUGGUGUCAACGCUCUCAAUGCGCGUGUUAUGCAUAGUGCAUGGGCUACUGGAGGGUUAGGGGUUCCCAUUGGUCCGGCGAACUCCUAG